AUGUCCUCCCUGGCGACUACACGAAGACGCGGCCAGCCGAAAGGCAUCUCACCGCUCUCCUUGGAGAAGAUGGAUACCACCCGAGGCCACGAUGACGAGAAGAUCAUCACCGACGACUCCAAUGGAACCGCCAUGAACGGAUGUGCAUCGACCGAGAAACCCAUGCAAGCCGCUGGUCGCAUUAUCGCGGGCCUCUCUUCUCAAUGGAUCGCCGUUGGUGUCAUGCUGGGCCUGAUCUUUGGCGGAUGUUGCUCAAAUGUUGGUCGACUUGGUCCCUUCUCACUAUCCAAGCGGCAGAUGUGCUGA